UACAAUUUUUUUUUUGUAAAAUUGGAAAACUGAAUAUUUGAUUUUUAAGAUUUAAUUUAAUUUUUUUUUGCUUCAAAAUCAUAUUUAUAUAUUAAUUUCCAGAUUUCAAACGAAAUUAAUACCUUGAGCCAAUAAGGAGUAACCUCCAAGAUUGCAGACGUGGCAAACCAUAUGCCGAUGGAUGUGUCUUCCCAACUUCAAUCUUAGCCAUUCUUUUUAUUUUUUGAGCCAAUGAGGAGCAACUACUAAGAUUGCACUCGGAUUAAUCAUAGACCGUCCGAUUUCUCUCCAAAUCUUUGAUCACAACCGUUCAUUUUUUUCUGUCUCUGUUUGCACUCGGAAAAUUUCAGAACACAACAUCUCUCUUUCUGUCGAAACUCCUUUCUGUCUCGCGAUCUAAAAUCGAAAAAAACCCUAAAGAAAGCACAUGUAUCUCUCGAGCUAAAAUCAAACCAGCUGUUCCUGUAUUCGCCGAUUGAAAGUAAGCAAAUGGAUAAGUCGUGGAUUUGGCUUCCAAGGUAUAACCUAAAAUCCCUCGAUCUCAUUUCUACUCGCCGAUUGAAAUAAAGCUAACUUCUUUUGUCUGAUUCUUGUAGGAAUAGCCACGAGUAUUCAGAAGGAGCAACUAAUUUUGUGAAUUCGUCCGCAAAAAGAUUGGGAAGUCUGUCUGAAAUGCUAUGCCCUUGUAGAGACUGCCGCAAUCUGAGCCAUCAGUCACUGGAUAAAAUUGUGGAGCAUUUGGUGAUUAGGGGUAUGGAUAAGAAGUAUAAGAGUUCUCGUUGGAGUAUUCAUGGAGAAAAAAGAGAUUCUGCAGAAGACAGUGUUCUUCAAUAUGAAACAGAGGCGUUUGAUUUGUUUAAGACAAUAUUCUCCAUGGACGAAGGUGGUCCAAACCCGACAACUGACAACGAAGACGAUGAAGCACCAGAGGAAAUUGAGUUUAAGAAAAAGCUCAGAGACGCUCAAACGCCAUUAUACUCGGAUUGUCUCAAGCACACAAAGGUUUCAGCUAUCAUGGGACUUUACAGAUUCAAGGUUAAAAGUGGUGUGUCGGAGAACUACUUUGAUCAGCUGUUGGUUUUACUUGAGGAUUUGCUACCUGAAGACAAUGUUCUUCCCAAGAGUUUAGCUGCAAUCAAAAUUUUUUUGAAGAUCUUUGGGUUCGGCUACGACAGUAUUCAUGCUUGCAAGAAUGAUUGCAUAUUGUAUAGGAAGGAGUAUGAGAACCUAGAAAGCUGUCCAAGAUGCAAAGUUUCAAGAUGGGAAAUGGAUAAGCACAGUAAUGAGUUAAAGGUGGGGAUUCCGGCAAAGGUCCUUAGAUAUUUUCCAAUCAAGGACAGGUUUAGGAGGAUGUUUAGAUCACAAAGGAUGGCUGAAGAUCUGCGUUGGCACUAUACCAAUGCCACUGAAGAUGGUACAAUGCGGCACCCUGUUGAUUCUAUCUCUUGGGCACAAGUGAAUGCUAAAUGGCCAGACUUUGCUGCUGAUCCACGGAAUCUUCGACUUGGGAUUUCUACAGAUGGGAUGAACCCUUUCUCCAUGCAAAGCACCAAUCACAGCACAUGGCCAGUGUUGUUAGUGAACUAUAACACGCCUCCAACCAUGUGUAUGAAGGCUGAGAAUAUAAUGCUGACUUUGUUGAUCCCUGGUCCUACUGCUCCUGGUAACAACAUUGAUGUUUACCUAGCACCACUGAUAGACGAUCUAAAGGAUUUGUGGGCUGAGGGUAUUGAAGUGUAUGACUCAUUUGCGAAGGAGAACUUUAAUCUCAGAGCCUUGCUGCUUUGGAGUAUCAGUGACUAUCCAGCCUUAGGAACACUGUCUGGAUGUAAAGUAAAGGGGAAACAAGCCUGCAAUGUAUGUGGAAAGGAUACACCUGCAAGGUGGCUUAAGUUUAGCCGCAAGUUUGUCUACAUGAGUAACAGAAGGAGACUACCGCCUGGCCAUCGUUACAGAUAUAAAAAAGCUUGGUUUGACAACACUGUGGAGGAAGGGAAUGCUAAUAGGAUACAAACAGGCGCUGAGAUAUAUGAGACACUACAAGCUUUUACGAAUGAUUUUGGUAGACCUCUAGAGAAGGAAAAAAAAGGAAAAGACUAGAGUUGGAAGAUGAUGAGAGGUUACAAGAAGAAGAGUGUGAAGAAUCAAAUGAACUAUGGCGGUGGAAGAAGAGAUCAAUAUUCUUUGAUCUACCUUACUGGAAGGUAAACUAUAGUAACUGACCUAUAUUAUCUGAUUACUGGAAGAAGAGAUCAAUAUGUCUAACAGUUUCUUGUUUAAUGUGUUAGGAGUUGCCUGUUCGUCACAAUAUUGAUGUUAUGCACGUAGAAAAGAAUGUGUCCGAUGCUAUAUUGUCUCUGUUGAUGCAAAGUGCGAAGUCAAAAGAUGGGUUGAAAGCAAGAAAAGACUUAGAAGAUAUUGGAAUCAGAAAGCACUUGCACACAGAGGUGAGGGGAAAGAAAACAUACUUACCUCCUGCUGCCUACUGGUUAUCGAAGAGAGAGAAGACCAUUUUCUGCCAAAGGUUAGCUAAGUUUAGAGGCCCUGAUGGUUAUUGUGGUAAUAUUGCGAAUAGUGUUUCAGUUAACCCUCCAAAUAUUGGUAGUUUAAAGUCGCAUGAUCAUCAUGUCUUAGUACAGAACUUGUUACCAGCUGCAUUAAGAGGGUUGUUACAUAGGGGUCCUAGGAUAGCCAUAAAUAGAUUAUGCAGUUACUUCAACAGGUUGUGUCAGCGCAUCAUUGACCCAGAGAAACUUAUAUCCAUGGAGACAGAGUUUGUGGAGACAAUGUGUCAGCUGGAGCGCUUCUUCCCUCCAGCCCUUUUUGAUAUCAUGUUUCACCUUCCACUACAUUUAUCAAGAGAGGCACGGUUGGGAGGACCAGUUCACUUCCGAUGGAUGUAUCCCUUCGAAAGGUUUGAUCAACAUCUCUCUUCAAUAUAUCCACUUCCCACAAUGAUGUUUGACUAAUAUUCAUAUUUCCUGAGUUAUAGGUACAUGAAAACACUAAAGGCUUUUGUUAAGAAUUAUGCAAGGCCAGAAGCAUGUAUGGCUGAGGCGUAUUUAGCUGGAGAAUGUGUUGCAUUUUGUUUAGAGUUCCUUAAAGAAUCAGUACCAGUUCAAGAAGCAGUUAAUCGUAAUGAAGAUGUUGAGGCUGAUAGAAUGGUGGUUGAAGGCCGACCUCUGCAGAAGGGUAUAGAGGUUACCCUGUCAGAUAAAGAUAGAGACAUUGCACAUCGAUAUGUGCUAAUGAACAUGGCAUCUUUGGAUCCCUUUCUUGAGUAAGUAAUUCUCUAUGUUUCUUCUACUUGUUUUACUCAUAAUUUCAUUUUCAUAUACUGUUGUUUAAUUUAAAAUCAGGAUGCAUUUGGAAGAGUUGCAAGCUAAGGAUGCUCGAUUGGCUAAAAAUGAAACUUUGUUAUGGAAAAACCAUACUGAACACUUUACAGAAUGGCUUAAAAAUAAGAUUCAUUUAGACUCAAAAGAUAGUCAUUCUAAGGAGAUAAGGUGGUUGGCAUUUGGACCAAGAAAUGUUGCUUUAGCACAUAAAGGAUUCAUCAUCAAUGGCCAACGGUUUCAUACUGAUGCGGUCAAGCUGAAGACACAAAACAGUGGAGUAACUUAUGAAGCCUUUAGCAUGUGUAGAUCAAGUGCAAGAGAUAUGAGACAGGUCGCGGAUAUGAUUACAUACUAUGGAGUGAUAAAGGAGAUUUUGGUCAUCGACUAUCACAUGUUCAAAGUGCCACUCUUUAGAUGCAACUGGGCAAACACAGCGAAUGGUGUGAAGGAAGAAGAUGGCUUCACUCUUGUUAACCUUCAUAUGAACCAAGCAGCCUAUUUGAAAGAUCCAUUCAUUCUACCUUCUCAAGCGAAACAGGUUUUCUACUCUAGGGAGGAUGAUGCUUCAAAUUGGUAUGUUGUUAUGAGAGCACCACCUAGAGGUUAUCAUGAGUUGGAAACAGAAGAGGAUUUAGGUGGUGCUCCUUUACCUGUCCAAGAAGUUGAUGAUAUGGGUGAUGAUAUGGAUGAUGAUAGUGUAUAUGUUAGGGAUGAUUGUGAAGGUUUAUUAGUGGUAGAUUGAUGAUAUGUUGUAUGCUUGUGUGAUGGUUUGUAUGAAUGUGAUAAUGUUGUGUUAUGGGAUUUGAAUAAUUAUAUUGAUUUUUGGAAUUUUAAUAAUUUAUAUUGUUUUUA